AUGUCUUUCGUCUUGCAUGAAAUGGUCUACUUUGGUCGGUCACUGCCCUGGAUUUUCAUAGACACUUUGGGCUUAUUCAACCACUAUAAGAUUCAGGGUGUAAGUAAAACCCCUCUGGUUAAGGUUGGAGUUGACCUUUUUUUUAACACCCUGCAGAACAAGAUUCCAUCGCUCCGGGAGCAGUGGAACUGUGCGAAAUUCGUGCUCUUAAGUCACUUCACCGUUGAGCUGCCACAGAUUUGGCUCUUUCACCCUAUGGCACAAUUCUGCGGACUCUCAACCUCAAUCCCCUUCCCCACCCUCUGGACCAUGGCAUACCAAAUUGCAAUCUUCUUCGUGAUGGAGGAUACUUGGCAUUACUUCGUUCAUCGUUCUCUUCACUGGGGCCCUCUCUACAAGGCCAUUCACAAGAUUCACCACCAGUAUUCGGCUCCGUUCGGCUUGGCUGCUGAAUAUGCCUCACCUAUCGAAGUGAUGAUCCUGGGCUUCGGUACAGUUAGCUGUCCUAUCCUUUGGUGUGCUGUGACAGGUGAUUUGCACAUUCUCACAAUGUACAUAUGGAUUGUCUUGCGUUUGUUUCAGGCCAUUGAUGCUCACAGUGGCUAUGAAUUUCCGUGGAGUCUUCACCAUUUUCUUCCUUUCUGGGCUGGUGCUGAUCAUCAUGAUCUGCACCAUGAAAAGUUCAUCGGUAACUACUCCAGCAGCUUUCGAUGGUGGGAUUAUGUUCUUGACACCGAGUACACCCCAGUUUCUCUGAAGCGCCAAAGGGAUGACAAGACCCAGUAG